UUCGCGAGAUUUUGGUCUGGGAUUUCGCACGAGAGAAGGUCUGGACUUUGGAGUACUGGCGAUUUUGGUCUGGGAUUUCGCACGCGAUUUUGUCUAGGGUUUCUUUCAACGCGGUCAUUCAUCCUCUCAGAUGUGGUGCUUCAGCACAGACGUGCGCCACCGCUCUCAUCUUCUGCCGGAGUCCGCGGCGUGGUUCAUCCGGAUUAUGGGUUCUAUCCAUCCGCUGACCGAUUCUCUUCCACGACCUCACAACGGCAGCGAGCAUCUCCAUCUCUGAUAAAAAAUAGCAGGGGAGGGCUGCGUGAAAUAGCCUCGACCUAGGGUUUCCUACAGCUGCAGUUGAAGACAAGGAAUUGGUUUGGAUGAGCAAUGCUCACUGUGUGUUCGACGAAAUGACUCAAAAAGAUGUAGCCACAUCUACAACGAUUGGAUCUUGCUUGGACGAAGGGGGUUGGGGGCCAGGUACAAAUAUGUGUCCCUUAAAGUUAUCACAAAAAAAAACUCUCACAUGGACCUGAUCGAGUUGUGAUCCUCUGAAGAAAUCAUCGCCAUCCUCUCUUCCUUGGCUACGCCCGACCAGGAGUCGAAAAUCAUGGACCUGAUUGAGUCGUGAUGGCACGAGCUGGUCGGGGAGAUGCACAUGAAGGUCUGCUACCCUGGGCUGAAGGGCACGAGUGGCGCAUUGUGACUGGGUGUGACCCCAAGAACACCAGGUGGAGCUACCACAACGGUUGGUCUUGGCAGGUGCUGCUUUGGCUGCUGACUGCAGCUUGCAUCAAGACAGGGAGGCCUCAGGUGGCGAGACGGGCGGUGGAGCUGGCAGAUUGCCACCGAAUUAUGUAAGAAAAGCUACAUUUUGGCUUCAGAUUCCAAAAGGCAGAUUUCCACUUAAUAUUCUAGGUUCUGUUUGGGAAGGCUGCAUUGGCAUAUCUGUAGUGAAGGUUUGAAUUAUGUUCUUGAUGAAUCUUGGUUUUAAUUAUGUUAUUGAUGAAUAAUGUGUCUUCAGACCUUCAUUUUCAUGUAGUUAUUCUUUGGGUGUUGUUAUUUUUCUUAGUCAAUGGAUGAGCAAAAGAGAGAAAUGAAGUUGAUGGGCUGUGAAGCUACAGUUUCCUCCUAUGUAGGUGGUUCAUAAAGCCUCAAAUAUGGUUGGUAGAGAAGGCAUCCCUCUUCAGGAAGGAUCAGAAAAGAUAACAAGUCUGAGCAGCUAUAAACUUAUCUUAGUAAGGAGUUGUUUUUGAGACUACAAACCAAAGCCUACAAAAAGGAGCAAAAAUUCAAGAAACCAAAGCCUACAAACUCCAAGCCUUUCAGGUUAAAAACUGAAGUAAGAAAUGCUACACUUUGGCUCAUAUUUGUGUGUUACGUUAUCAAUAUUGUUCUUUUUUUUGAUAAGUUAACAUUUUUGCUAUCAAGAAAGAAACAUUCUCACCGAAUCUAAUUUUGCAAGGAAAGGCUAUAUCCAAAACACCUCCCCAAUGGAAAUUGUGGAUUUUGUCUUUGUAGGAUAUGUCAAGUAUGAUUUUGUGGAUUUUGCCUCUGUCGAUUACCCGAAACACGGUCCUGUUAUCUUCUAGAUUUCAUUCUACCCAAGAAAAUUUUAAUUUUGUAAGAUCCUUUUACUCAUUUAUAAAUUUCCACUUAUAUUAUACUAUGCGAAUACUCUCUGUAAUAUAUUUUAGCGAGUAUGCCUUUUUUUGACCAGUGCUCCCAUCCGACCAAAAUGUCGGUCAAAUAUACAUUUCUUUUAUUGAGUUAACUGUCGGCAUUCAAAGUGAUUUAUUUCUUCAUUUGUUUUCCAAAUUUAAUUUUAGCUUUUAAAGAUUGGAUCUCUUUAUCUUUUUUUACUUUAAUAUGCCCUAUACGUUUUUCUUAGUGUUACUUCAGAGAUUAGUUUAAACAAACUCCUACAGGAUGGCAUGGAUUAAAAUUUGUUUGAAGCUGAAUUCCAGAUUAUGUUAUUUGUCCUUUCCUGACAAAGAAGAGAUUGGAUGAGAGGAUGCUCAGUUCAUAUUUGGGAUUGAACAAUUAAUGGGGGUUGUUGAUGGUGUGGGUGCGUGGGUUGAGGUUGACACAUGAGAGUCCACCAAUUCGGUCACUUUCGAAAAAAGUCUCAAAACAUUCAAAGAGUACGUGGAAUGUGCUUGCAGAGAUUGACAAUAAUCGUACCACUUAGAUGCUUAUGUCACGAGACAUUCGUGUCUGCUUUGUUCCUGUUGUGCAAGAGGAAAAGAUUCAAUGAAAGUGAUCUUUCAUG